AUGGGUCAUCCAUCUUACCGCCGGUGGUGGGAGGCCGAAUCACCAGCAAAUCUAGCUUCGCUUUUACAUAUGGUACCAUCACUGUUCGUGCCAAACUGCCUCAAGGCGAUUGGAUUUAUCCAGGUACUUUAUAGCGGCCCCGUUUUAGACACAAAAUGUCAGAACGCGUUGUUUGUCUCCAAAGAUUCUAAUAAGUAUUGGGGUGAUGAUUUCCACGUGUACUCCGUUAAAUGGACCCCGGAGAGUUUGAUCCUGUCUGUUGACGGUGAGGAGUACGGCCGCAUCGAGGCAGGGAGCGAAGGCCUGCGCGCGAGUCUGCCCAAGACUUGUGCUGGACCGCCACAAGCCGGCAUGGCGCCAUUUGACGACCAUUUUUAUAUAACCCUAGGGCUGGCAGUCGGAGGUCACGCUGAGUUCCCCGACGCAUGCAUUUCAAAGGACCACAAGAAACCUUGGAAGAACCACGCGUCGAAGGCAACCGUGAACUUCUGGAACGAUAUUGACGCCUGGCACGAUACAUGGGAACUGCCGAAGCUUCUGGUCGACUACGUGAAAGUUGUUGCGUUGUGA